CACGCCAAUCUCGCUGCCGUAUCCGUUGGGACUUGGUGCUUUCAUCUCUAGGGUUUGUGGGCGACCGAAGAGGAGGGUUUGUAAGUACCGAUCAAAGAUCUCCAGAAGUGGGAUUUCAACCAUGGGUGGACAAAGAAACAGCUAUGGAAAAAGGUCCCACUCCAACUCAGAGUAUACUGACAAUGGAGGAAGCAAGAGAAGAAAUCCUGGAGAAGAUAGAGAAAACUAUGCUCCUGGGCCUGAUGAUACUGUUUACCGGUACUUGUGUCCUGGAAGGAAGAUAGGGAGUAUCAUUGGGAGAGGUGGGGAGAUUGUGAAGCAACUGAGGUCUGACACUCAAGCCAAGAUCAGGAUUGGGGAGACUCUACCAGGUUGUGAAGAGCGAGUCAUAACCAUCUUUAGUACUAGCAAAGAAACCAAUAAGUUUGAAGAUACUGGUGACAAUGUUUGCCCCGCACAGGAUGCUUUGUUUAAGGUGCAUGAGAGGCUAGUAAAUGAUGAGGCAAUGGGUGAGGAAGAUACAGAUGUUGAUACCACCCAAGUCACCCUUCGUCUUCUUGUGCCAUCUGAUCAGAUUGGAUGCAUCAUUGGUAAAGGAGGACAAAUUAUUCAAGGUAUUCGUAGUGACUCUGGUGCUCAGAUACGCAUUCUUAAGAACGACCAUCUACCAGCAUGUGCAAUUAGCAGUGAUGAACUCCUCCAGAUUACUGGGGAGGCUUCAGUUGUAAAGAAGGCACUUUUUCAAGUUUCAUCACGCCUACAUGAUAAUCCAUCUCGUUCCCAACAUCUGCUUGUUCCUGGUACACCUCAAGUGUAUCCAGUAGCUGGUCAGUUUGGGGUUCCGAAUAACAGUGCACCAAUUGUGGGCUUGGGUCCAUUGAUGGGCUCUUAUGGAGGCUACAAGGGAGAUGCAGUAGGGGAGUGGCCAUCUUUAUACCCACCACCACGUGAUGAAAGUUCUGCCAAGGAGUUCAGCUUACGUUUGCUGUGUCCUGCUGCCAACAUAGGGGGGGUUAUUGGUAAAGGUGGUGUCAUCAUUAAGCAGAUUAGACAAGAAUCUGGUGCAUCUAUUAAAGUAGACAGUUCCAAAUCUGAAGAUGAAUGCAUAAUAUUAAUUUCAUCGAAAGAGUUCUUUGAAGAUCCAAUUUCUCCUGCGAUAGAUGCUGCAGUACGCUUGCAAUCCAGAUGUAGUGAAAAAUCCGAAAAAGAAUCUGGUGAACCUUCAUAUACUACCCGCUUACUUGUACCAACUUCACGUAUUGGUUGCCUUAUUGGUAAAGGAGGGACCAUUAUAUCUGAAAUGAGGAGAAGCACACGAGCAAAUAUAAGGAUACUAUCAAAGGAAAAUCUUCCAAAAGUUGCUGCAGAAGAUGAUGAGAUGGUUCAGAUUUGUGGAGAGCUUGAUAUUGCUAGAAAUGCUCUUAUACAAGUAACAACACGUCUUAAAGCCAAUUUCUUUGAAAGGGAGGGUGCAUUAUCUGCAUUUCCAUCUUCUGCUCCGUACCAUCCUUUGCCAAUGGAUGCUCCUGAUGUGGCGAGACAUGGAGGCAGAGAUAAUAAGUUGCAUGGCCGUACAUAUUCAUACUCUGGUGCAUAUGGUCCUUCAGGUGAUUCAUUUGCAUCUAAUAAUUACAGCAGCUAUGGGGGUUCUCAGAGAGGUGGUAGUUAUGGUGCAUAUAGUGGAUACUCUUCCCGCUCUGGCAGUGCUGGGUUAUCUGGUCCAAAGCCUGUUUCCCAUGGGAAACAUCAUGGUUACUAGUAUCCCCAAUGAAUUAGGUCCAACAGCUGAGGUCUGAGAAGUCUGGAGCCAACCUAUAUGAAGCCUCAAGCCUAAACCAGAAGCCAGAUGAACAGAGUUUGAGAUCUUAUGGCCUACAUGGAACAUAAUCCACCAUUUGAUUUUUUAUGUACCUUUAGUGUUUAACCAAAUAACAUAUGCUUUGUCAUGGACAUGCGUUCUGUUUGAAGCAUUUGUAUGAACUUCAGAAUCUUAUGACUUCUUGUACUUUUGAA